AUGGCAGGGGUGCUCCCAGUGGUUGUGGAUGCCAUGGUUGAUGCCAUCGACACCUCGUCCUUGCUCCAGGCAUACUGUCCCUACUGCUCUGUCUACUCGAGCUGUAUCGAAGACAUUGCCCAGCCUCUCAUUGUUCAGGGUACCAGUGCUGACCCGCACUCGCCGUUUCAGAUUGAUCUCGCUGGUGACUGGCUCGAGUCGGUCCUUGGCGGGGAUGCCCAGUUUGUGUACAACUGCAUGUGCCAAGCCGAGGCUGCGCUUGCUGAUGCUGGCAUCAAUGGCUCGGCAUGGGAUCUGCUCGAUGAGGUCAUGCAGGGCUUCUUUGUUGGCGCUGACUUUCGGCUGCAGUGUCUCAUCAAGGACGGCGUGCCCAUUCCGUUGGCACGACGCGAGCGGAGUGCGUUCAAGGAGCUGACCGCGUCGCGGCUCAACACGCAGAGAGCGGCGUCAGUCGGCCCGUCGGCUAAAGGCUCGCCCUGUGGCAGCGGACGAAUCUCGUCGCUCAAGUCACUGACAGCGGCGGCCGGCGGAUUCGCGGUCGAGGACAUCGCGCUUCUCCGCCCGUCCGGCACGCUUGCCAACGCCGAAUCGGUCCUUGAGGCUCUCGAGGCUGCGCUGAAUGAGGUCCUCGAAGCAGCCAUUCCUGCUCCAGCGCCGACAUCGGCUAACUACCACUACUGCGUGGACUCACCGCCGCGGAGCGGCAGCAGCCAUCGCUUGCCACGGCCGGACCUCCCGCUGCAGGGCAUGACUGCGCCCGAGACGCCGACGCUGGCGCGGCACAACACACCAUCGGCACUCGACACGCUGCUGGAUGAUGCGCCGGCAGCCAUGUCCAUGUCCAUGUCGGUGCACUCGGAAUCGCUCUCACAGUCACUCAUCGCCUCGUCGCAGCCUGUGCCGGACACACCGGUCUCACUUCAGCGGCGCUCGUCGCUAGGCGCGUUUGGCCUUCACUCGCAGCACGGCCGCUCACCGUCGACGUCGCCGCCAGCGCUCUCGCUCACUGACAUUGCAUCGACGUCGGUGGUUGGAUCAGCAGCGCCCAAGAAGCCGCACAUGUCGCGGGCCGACUCACAGGCGUUGCGCGAGACGCAGACCUUUGACGAGCCAGGAUUUUGCUCGCAGUUCUUCUCGCCAACCUACUCGUCGCGAUCGCAUGCAUGCCCGACUGCCGGGCUGUUCUCAGUCUCGCCGAUUGCCCGCGGCUCGCCGACGCGCCACCCCGCAUCUUCAUUCCGCCUCUCUGCGCUCUCAGCGCCGCCGAUGGCUAGUGUCUCGUCUGCAGCCUCGAUCCAAGCUGGCCCCCGCUCUCCCUCGCCAAGUCCGGUCCCCGACCAGGACAUCGCCAAGCGACUCGCCUUCUAG